UAGCUCGGAAGGUUUUUUAUUUUUAACAAAAACAAUUGAAAUCCAAUAAUAAAAACAGAUGCAUAAUAAUAGUGUAUAACUUUUUAGUACUGCUGCGCCGUGACGAUGUGUGCUAUCUUUCCAUCUUCUUUCUACCUAAUGUAGGUUUCGAUUGUAUGAUAAUGCGGUUGUUUAUUGUUUGUAUAGAAUUUAUUUGACGCUUUGGUGUUUAUGUGCAAUGGUUUGAUAAAUUAGUGGUGCGUGCAAUGGAAAAACGGUGCAACAAUUACGGCUAGUCGGCGCAGAACUGUCAAAAAGCCCCCCGGCCAAAAGACAAUAAAAGGGUGCUGACAAAAAUGGCCGCUGAAACCAGAAAAUCCCGUAAAAGUAACUUUUCACAGGAAGAGGUCGAUGUUCUGAUCACGACAGUUCUGCAGAACCACGAUAUUUUAUAUAAGGAAACGUCGAAAAGUUUUUUCCACAAGGAAAUCCGUAACCAGGUAUGGAAUAUCGUUUUGGAAGAGGUCAAUAAAGUGUCCCAAGAAAAACGAACUCUAAAUGAAAUUAAGAAUAAAUGGAAGAAGUGUCAACAUAAUCCCGGUGCUUUUUGUAACUUACCUGUUGGGGAACGGGAGGAAUUUGACGAUAUAGAUUCCAUGCCUCUAAAGCAAAGACUGUCACAUGGAGAUUCUGGCUCUUCAGUUACUACAUCACCGGCUCCUCAAGAAAGUGUGCUGCAGAGUCAGCCCAUAUCACCCACAAAACUUAAGGUUACAAGACAGGGCAAACCACACCAACCUCCAGCAAAACCACAAACACCACCGCCGCCUCUGCCUCCUCCCCGUGUAUGUCUAAAAUGGAAUACGCAUCACCUAAAUAUUCAAAGUGCAUUUCCCAACUUUUUGAGUAAAGAACAAUACGUCGACGCCACCUUGGUAUCCGAAGGGAAAACUCUUAAAUGCCAUAGGAUGAUUUUGUCGUCGUGCAGUUCUUACUUUGAGGAAGUGCUAAGUGGUAUAGCUCCCCUACAACAUCCCGUAUUGUUUAUGAAAGAUAUUCCAUUUUGGAUAUUAAAAGGCCUUUGUGAUUUUAUGUAUGCUGGAGAAGUACACAUUUUGCAAGAUUGUCUCAAAGAAUUCUUGGACGUUGCCACAACAUUAAAGAUCAAAGGUUUGGCAUUAAGUCCAAAGGAAGAAGAAGUGAAACCGGUCCAGGAGAUCAAGCAAGAAAUUGAAUCGACCCCGCCCACCAAACAGCCAGAGAAACUUAUCAAAGAAGAAAAAUGCGAAGAGCCGCCUUUACCUCAACCGAAAUUACAGAAACGCGCUCAAGCUCAAGCCGAACUAAUAAACGAACCGGCUAAACAGGAAGAAAAAGUGAUGGAGAAAAAAGUGGAAUCAACGAGGUCGGUGGGCAGGCCUGCAAAGCGGAAGGAAGAGAGACGGAGACUGCCUAAUCAGCAAAUAGUGAAAGAGAAAGUAUUGGAAGAUCCUCCUGUGGCGCCGAAGGUUACGCCCAAGGUCGCGAAGAUGAUGCUACCAAAGAUACCUCAAAGUUCUAGACCGGCAGCAGCUAAGCCACAAAUGGUCAGAAACGUAAUGAAACAUAUUGCUAAAUCGGUUGCGAAACCAUCCACUUCGAAAGUGGCCCAUCCCCCGUCCCGCAAAACCACCGACCAUUCAAAGAAGAACGAGAAACAGAAGUCUGAAUCUGUUUUAAAUCAAAAGGAAAAGGAAAAAGAAAAGCCAAUACUUAGGAAAGAUAACAUUGACGAUCCUCUUGACUUAUUAAAACCUGUAUAUGAAGAAAUAACGAAAACAGAUCUACCGGUAGCACCGAAGAUAAUACCAUCGCAAAAAGUUAACCCCGGGAAACUUCGAGAAAGAGGAAACAUUCCGGUGAGGAGAACCGCUAAUAAAAGAGUCAGAAAACGACGUUACGUUGAGUUGGACGAUGAAAAAGACGAGACAUUCCAUUCUAGAAAAGGAACGCGCUCCCGACCCAACGUGAAAAUUCCAAAGUUUUACCAUACGGACUUUGAGGAAAAAGAAAGCGGAGAUGCGACAAUUGUACGGGAACCCCACACGCACCAGGACGAUCCUCUUAUCGGUGUCGAAGUGGAAGAAAUUAAGGCCGAACCGGUUGAUGUCGAAGAGAAUGCCAUUGAAUUGGAAGAAAAUAUGGUUAAUUUCAUGGAGCAAGAGCAGGAAAUGGUUUCGCACGAAGCCGAAGAAAUAAUAGGGAAUUACGAUAGUCCUCUGGUCAACAUCAAAACUGAACCAAAAGCAAACCCACCAAGUAUAUUCAAAAAAGAAGUUCUGGAACCACCUCCAAUAAUCAUGGACGUACAUAGUGUUACCGAAACCGAAGACGAGAGCUUAAUAAGUAUAAAAAAAGAAGCCAUUCAACUUGUAGAUAUAACCCAAAUAAGUACCACGGUCGUUAAUCAUAUCGAGGAAACGAUAGUUGGUACAAACAUCUUCGAAACCAUCAUUCAACCGAAAGAAAAUCCAUCGGAAAUCAUCAUCACGAACGUUCAAAGUAUGGCGGAAGACGCGUGUGACAUUGAAUGUCCUGAUAAAGAUGCGGGCAAAUCGAUUUUGGGAAGCAUCCUGGAUGACGGACCUGAACGCUGCGAACCGGAAAAAGUUGUUAAUGUGGUGGAAGCAUUAAAAUCGCAAAAGGAUGCGGCUCGCGCACGUGAAAUCGAUCCAUUAUCGCCAUCAACCGUUGAACAAGAGACCACUGAUGUACCGGUAAUGAUGCCUGAUGAAAAUUGUUUGAGUGAAGGGGAUGAUAAAGUGGUGGAACCUUGGGCUGUUAGUGACAUGGAGAGUAAACAAGAUGAUGAAAAGGAGGAAACUGAAAUCACAACCGAAAGUUUACAAGUUCUCAAAGAAAAUUCUCCGGAUGAUCUCAUUACAGAAGAAGAAAAGAAUUCAAACCUAGAUGAACAAUCACCUACAACAACAAUUCAAGAAAUUAGGGAAACUUUUACAGAAAUCCUACCAGAAGCUGAUAUUGCAAUUGAACCAUCUCCACUUCAUCCAGAAGUAAAUACAAACUUAACUGUUGAUUCCAGAGAGCCUUCAUCAAGCCCUCCUCAAGACUCUUGUAAAAUCUCUAAAAACUUGGAAGUCACUGAAAUCAUUGCCUCUUCACAACCAAUAAAAGAUUCUUCUAUAGAUCCUCCUUUAGCAGAUCUUAAUGAAGAACCAAGUUCUUCCAAUCAAAAAAGACCUGCGGAAGAUGAUUGCGCGGAUACUUCAAAGGCCAAACUGGCUAAACAAGAUCAAACUCAAUCGCUCGAGCAUCAUAUUCAAACUGGUAACGAGGAGGAAAUCUUAAAUAACGAACAGAGUGUUCCAGAAACAAUAAGUUGUACCGAUUGCAAAUCUAUAAAAGACUUUGAUGGCGCAGAAGAGGAGUUUGGUGCGGAACUUGUAGGGGAACUAGAGGAACCACCGGACAUAACCACUUCAGAGCUUCACCUGUCAAUGUCAACAAAAGAACCUUCUGAGCUUGUUGAAGCCGAUAAUCUCCCCGCCUUGGAGCCCGAGCUGGAGCAGGAUGAUCUGCCCUUGCUUCCCGAAGGAAUUACCAACAACACCUCCUCGGCAGAAAGUAUAGAAGCCGAACUGGAACAAUGUUUGGCCUCAACUUCUUUCGUUUUACCUCCAAAACCUCCGGAAGUGUCUCCGUGUAAACUCAAAGUGGGCGUUAAAGUUGCUGCGUUAAACGACGACGAAGACUUCACCAAAGACAUUGAGUUUGAUGACAAUUUUAUUGGGACAAAUAGACCCGCCAACUAUUUAGGGGACGAGUUUGGGGUGGACUUUGAUUUGUGCGAGGAAAAAGAUCAACGGGAAGUUGCUGUUUCCAGUGGGGGUGUCGAUGGGAGUGAAAUGAGUAUACAAGAAGAAGUGGGUGAUAGUGAUGGAGAGAAUAUUAAGACUGCAAAUGAAUCUCUGGCGGUGGAAGAAAUGGUGAGCAUAGGGUCUCCUGUUGGUCAGGAAGAAGGUACUGCUGAGCCAGCCACUGUGGUAGAGGAAGACAUUCUGGAUAAUGCCCAGGAACAGUCUGGAGUGACAACGGAAGAGGCAGUAAUUGUUGACAGAAACCAACUUGAAACCAUGGAAGAAACAUCACAAGUUUUUUUAGAAGAUCUAUCACGAGAUGAUCACAGUUCGGUUGUUGACCGAAACAAACUUGAAACUAUGGAAGAAACAUCACAAAUUCUUUUAGAAGAUCUAUCACGAGAUGAUCACAGUUCGGUUAUUGACCAAAACAAACUUGAAACUAUGGAAGAAACAUCACAAAUUCUUUUAGAAGAUCCAGCCACGGUGGUAGAGGAAAACAUUUUGGAUAAUGCCCAGGAACAGUCUGGAGUGACAACGGAAGAGGCAAUGGUUGUUGACCAAAACCAACUUGAAACCAUGGAAGAAUCAUCACAAAUUCUUUUAGAAGAUCUAUCACGAGAUGAUCACAGUUCGGUUGUUGACCAAAACAAACUUGAAACUAUAGAAGAAACAUCACAAAUACUUUUAGAAGAUCCAGCCACGGUGGUAGAGGAAAACAUUUUGGAUAAUGCCCAGGAACAGUCUGGAGUGACAACGGAAGAGGCAAUGGUUGUUGACCAAAACCAACUUGAAACCAUGGAAGAAUCAUCACAAAUUCUUUUAGAAGAUCUAUCACGAGACGAUCACGGUUCGGAUGUGGAUCUAGCUGCGAGUAUUGAUGAAGAUCAAUUAAUGGAAGACUCUUUACUUGCGGAUGACAUGGACGGCGGGCAAAGCGAAGACGGAUCGGAAAAAACUUUGGAAAUGAUCGUGAAUGACCUGAAUGAAAGUUUGGGUGAGAUGAAAAAGUAAUUUUGUGUUGUUUUAUGGGGAUUGAUUGGAUGAUAUUAAGUUUACAUCCCCGUUUGAUGUGCCGAGUUUAUUUGAGAAAAUGUGAUGAAAAAAUUGUUUUUGUUUGUAGAAAGAAUGUCUGUUUUGCUCUAAGAGGUAAGAUUCAAAUUAGUGUCUAUUAAGUAUGUAAAUAGUUAAUUUAUAGGUUUACAGUUUCCACAAUUAGUUGUAAGGUUUACUGGAUAUUAAAAGCAGUGUUCUUGGCGUUAAGAAGUAAUAUUAUGACAUGCAAAUGUUUUGGUUAGCAAUUUUUUAACGUAAUCCGAUCCCUAUUAAUCCAUUUUCCGAGAUGUUCUGAAAGCUCCUUAAUAUCCGCAUCGUAAGACUCUUGCUGAUCCGUGCGGGACAUUUGUUUUCGGCUUUCAGCAUACGACACUUGAUUUUUUCCCCAAUUAUUGUUUUAAGUUGAGGAACAAAUACUAGACAGAUCAGGACUGAAGAUGGUUAGUGGCUUCCCACCAUGAGAUCUGCUGUGGUGCGAAUGACGAGAAGGAGGACGUUGUCAUGAUACAAACAAACCCUUCUUUUUGUUUUGUAUAGCCCGGCUCGGCGUAAUUUUUUUUAAUUCCUUAAGAACUGACAGUGCUGCCAUUAGUAGUAGUGGAUUUGAGUCUCGUUGUUAGUAACAACUUCCCUCCUCACAUUCUUCCCAAUAACGGUGCAGACAUUUCGAUGCGAGUUCUUCGUUUUGUGUUCAUCCAGCUUCAAAAUCUUGUCCAAUGUGGUCUAAAGGUGCGUACAGACAUAGAACAAGACUUUGUUUCGUAACAUCGUCGCGCAGCAAUUUUUAUUUAUACAGAGAAGUCCGUUAAAUUAUCGUGUAACAAAACAUUGUCGUAUAACCUAAAGCAGAUCAUUCCGCCGUCCCAUCAUUUUCCAUCAUCAUUUUAAGUUAUUUAAUGUAGUUGAGUAGUAUCGCAGCAACAAUAAUGGAAAUUGCAGCAGCAGUAAUAUUGAUAUGCGCUAACAUAAUAAUAACAAAAAAAAACGUGCAGGCAAAAUGCGUUUGUAGCAAAUGCAGUUAGUUAUACGCUAGUAAUGUAUAUAGUGAAAGUAGUUUAUUAUCGGAUAUUUUUAAACGGAUUAUUUUUGCUCUGUAGAAAUAGUAAAAUUUUAAGGGCAAACGACUAUUAAAAUUCUU